AUGAAUUAUGAUUAUCAUCCCGUAUCAAUAUUUGAUGAAGAUGAAACGACACUCAAGGUAGAAGAAGGAUCAAGUACGACUAUAAAACCGAUUCCGUUAGAAGCAACAGAACAAGAAUACAUAAAAAACAAAUCCCAAUCUUCAUUCAAUCGACUAUUUUUACGUCGUUUCCAUCGCAUAUUACGUAUACUUUUCUCUCCUUCAAAUCCAAAUGGAAAUGUGAUGAUGAUAUGGUCUUCAUUAAUAUGCCUCAGUUUAUUAAAUGAAAUUUUGGUGUAUUUUGCUGGUACGGUGCCAAGCAGAUUUUAUACCGUAUUGAUAGGCAAAGAUUUUAAUAAUUUUAAGCCACUCAUGAUUUAUUCGAUUGCGAUCAUUCUUAGUGCUGGAUUCUGUAAAAGCGUCGUUAAAUUCAUUGGAGGAUUAUUUGCCUUAUCAACAAGGAAUAUAUUGACGAAAACUUUACAAAGUAAAUACGUGAAUAAAAGUUCCUUCUAUCGUUUAUUAACCUCCAGAACUGACAUCGAUAAUCCUGAUCAACGAAUUACACAAGAUGUUGAUAAAUUCUCAGAGACCUUUCGAGAGAUAUGUCAAGAGACAAUCAUCACACCAUUUCUCAUCAUUUAUUACACUUACAAGACAAGUAGUUUGACUGGUUAUUUGGGUCCUGUUUUAAUUUAUUCAUAUUUCAUCUUAGGGAUUAUUGCAAGUAGAUUCCUUAUAAAUCCUUUGGUAAAUUUGGUGUAUGUAAAAGAAUUUCAUGAAGGGAAUUUUAGAUUCCUUCAUGUGAGAAUACGACAAUUCGCUGAAUCAAUCGCAUUCAGUUUGGGUGAAAAGUCUGAACUUUAUCGUCUAGACUCUUUCUUUAAGAACAUCUUGAAAUAUCAACGAAAAAUUAUUGAUCGUGAACUAUAUUUGGACGUUCUCACCGAAUCAUUCUCAUACUUUGGGUCAAUUUUCAGUUAUCUCAUUAUUGCAAUUCCUGUUUUCACUGGAGAGUAUGAUGGGAUCGAGAAAGAUAAAUUAGGUGGGAUCAUUAGUAUGAAUUCUUUUCUUUCCCUGUACCUGAUUUACCGAUUUACGGUAAUUGUAAAACAAAGCACGAAUGUAUCGGAUUUGGCAGGUUACACUGCACGUAUUGGGCAAUUAUUGGAGGCAAUCGAAGAUAUUAGCAAUAAUUCUGAUGACGUUGACCCCGAUUAUCCCUUCGAAUAUCGUCCUGGUACUGAACUUUCGAUAGAAUUUAGUCAAGUUUCGUUCGCAUCCCCCACGGGAACUCCAUUAUUGUCAGAUUUUAAAUUCACAAUCGAGCAAGAAAAGAAUGUUAUAAUAAUGGGACCAAAUGGAAGUGGAAAAACUUCAUUAUUGAGAGUCAUGUGCAGGUUAUGGCCAACAACAAAAGGUCAAAUUGAACAUCAAAAGCAGAUCAACCACAAAUAUUUAAUAUACUUACCACAAACACCUUAUUUGGUAUUUGGAUCAUUACUGGAGUCAUUUGAUUCAAAAUAUGGAAUUGAUUGGAAUAAAAUGUUGAGUCCUGGCGAACAACAAAAGCUUGCGUUUGCUAGAUUAUUUUUCUGGGAACCAACUUUUGCCGCACUUGACGAGGCAACAAGUUCAUUGGAUUCAGAGACCGAGAAACUAUUCUUUGAUAAAUGCAAAGCAUUGGGCAUAACUACAAUUACCGUUUCUCACAAUAAGGAUUUAUUACAGUAUCAUGAUAAAGUAUUAUUAUUAGAUGGUAAAGGUGGUUAUUUAACCAGCGAUAUAGAUAUUAAUGGUACCGAGAAUAUUGUAAGAUGGAUUGAUUCAACUUUAAGACCUUUAUCUUGA